CGGGGCCUCCGUGCUGGACUGCGUCUGCAGCCACGUCGGCCGCGGUGAGGGAGAGGUGUUUUCCUGCAGCUGUCAGCGCAGGGUGUAAGCGAAUAACACGAAGUCAAUCGCUGCGAAAUGUGAUAGACAGGAUGCAGGAUCCAACUACUCGCCAGAUCCUACAUCACCGAUGCAAGUUCCUGAAAAGGAUGUGAUGACCUCGACACGCCUUGCACCGCGGUGCCGGUUGUGGCGCACCCGGCACAGAGUAGCUGGUGUCACGGACCACCGUCGCCUGCAGAGGGAGACCAGCAGCCCAGAGACGAGGAGGGGCGCGGCGGCGCCCUGGUGGCUGUUCGCAGCAUCACCUGGACCUCUGGCAGGGGACUCAGCGGUGGCCUCGCGUGCCUCGUCGCUGCCGACUGCACCAACCCCUGCUCCUUGCACGGCUGCGGUCGACGUGCCAGCAGACGCAGUCCAGCACGGAGGCCCCGUUUGAUGCAAGCAGAGCCAGCGGCGACGCAGCUACGCCCGCUGGACGCGUCGUCGGCUGUCGGGGCUGACUGAGGUGGCGACACACGCAGUGCGCGUCGCACGGAGAACAGUCCCAGUACAGCGACGAGCGAAGCGGAAGUCUUUCCGCAGGAUGAAUAAUCCACCGGAUCUCAGCCUCAUUCAAUUUUCCUUUCAGAAUGACCUGCUGCCAACACACAGUCGUAACAGAAAAUUAUUCGUUACUUUUAUGUGUACUUACUUAUACUCUACGCUUUCAGAACGACAACGACUUUGACUAAAAGUUUUGUGGACCAUGUCCAGAAAUUCUGGUUUACUAUUCCGAUACCAAAAUCGUCAGGCCAGCCGUUCCUUCGCAUGAGUCAAAGGAUUAGGACCACUGCCCAGCGCGAGACAGAACGCCAGGAGGAGGGGCUGUGGGAACGUGACGCGCUGAGGAGUGUGCAGAGUCGCAGCAGAGAAGAAUGUGGAGUAAUUCUAGAAACGGCCAGGGCUGCAAAGUGGGAAAACAGUUGACACGUGCGACUCUGACAAAGCACAGAGUGUUAUUAGCCGAUGCAUGGGAAUGAAACUGGUUGGAGGACAGAGAAACCACAGGAAGGAGACAAGGUGUCGGUAGGGGACGCCUUAUCGCAGGUUGUGGAGGUCAAAAUCUUGCCCGCUCUGUAGUGCAGGAUUGGCGGUGAUCUGUGGCCAACCUGACGGCAGAGCACAACCCUGGUGCUGACGACCCUUACCUGUUACCGUGGUGACACGACGACUUCGUCAGCUGCGACUGCAGAGAGUACACCGAGUUUGAACAGUAGAUCAAUGGUAACCCGUCUCCAGAUAAACAGAUUUGUUUGAUACAUCAGAUCGGUGGUCGGGUUGCUGAUACGCCAUGAUCGACGCGAGCAGCUGCAGCAGACCCCAGACGUGAGUCGGUGGGGAAAGUCUUAUGCUUUGUGGGACAUCCAUCUGGGCGUCCUCGAGACCUGAGGCAGUAUUUCAUCAUGAAAUCUGCUCACUUGGGCAACAUUACUGCGGACCACCAGCACCCACUCAUGAAUGGUGUUUCCUUAACAGCAAUACCAUCUUCCAGCCGAACAACUGUCUAUGCACAAUGCUGAAAUUAUCCUAUAGUGAUUUCUCUGCUCUCAUCCCGGUGCUUCGCAUCUCUGAAGCUAUUGGGUCUCAGGCCAACCCCCACAAAUAACUGGCCCAUAAUUUACAGUUAUUGCGUGACCUGUGCACAUAUGUCUGCUGCUGUACACCUCCGUAAACCUACCGUGGGUUUGUCGAAGACAUGCCAUCCUGAAUGCCGGCUGUAUUGCGUUCCACAGAUGGACCAACACGCCAUGUGUCUCAUACAUUUACACAUGGUUAAAAUAUUUGAUCGGCUUGCUUACGAUUUCGUCGGAUUUGGAUUCUAUAACACCAACACUUCAUGCUACUCAUCAUUUUCACUAGUUCAUAAAUAAUGUUUUAUUUCUAUUUUCCACAUGAUUUGUUAAUAUUAAUGUAGACUUGUAAUUUAGCAUUUAAUAUGUACAUUUUCUGUAUGCGAAUUGUAAACUGUGACAUAUUGUAUAGUGUAUAUAUUAUUCGUCCGUUUUGUUACAGUCCUAGAUACAUUUUUUUUCUCAAACUGAAUCAAUAGAUACGAGUUGCUGUUUUCUCGAGUCGUGCGAUACCAUUUUUGUUUUCAUUUGUGCAGUGCCUCAUUUUUUGCACAUGAACCUGGGUUUUUAUUGUACUCAUCCAUUAUCUCUGGUUUUUAUCCUAUGUCACAUUUAUAAGAAUAUUCGGUAUGCUUUCUAUGUAAAAGUAUGGGCAGACUAGAAAUCCAGCAAAGCUGGUAAUAUUAACGAACGACAAUGAAUGAGAUGUUACAUCUCGUAAACUGAAAACAAUUUAAUGAAAUAAAUUAUUGUAUGAACUCUAAUUUCGUUGAGACCAUCACAAAAUCACAGAGAAUAUUUAGUUUUAGUGACUGAAGAUAUACACUGAAGAGCCAAAGGAACUUGUACACCCGACAAAUACAUCGUGUAGGGCCCCCGCGAGCACACACAAGUGCGGCAGCAAGGCGUGGCAUGGCCUAGACUAAUGUGUGAACUGGUGGUGGGGGGAACUCAAAUCAUGAAUCCUGCAGCGCAGUCGAUAAAUCCGUAGGAG